AUGCUGCAAUGCUAUCAAAAUUGGAGCCAUACCUUUUCUGAGUGGGCUGGCGACUAUUCUGAAUGGUUGAGCAUAUCGGGACAUGUCGCGUUAUUGACUUUUCUUUUCGGGACCAUAUCAGUCGCAGCAUAUGACUUUAUGUGCCCAAACCUUCGGACAUUGUCUUCACGGUCAGGACUUUCAGCAAACAUUGUGGGUGUGGUAUUUGUGGCAUUUGGAAACAGCUCGGUAGAUAUAUUCGGUGCUAUUGCUGCCCUUUCAGUCGGUGCCAAUGCCUUGGCCAUAGGCGAACUCAUAGGCGCUGCAUUAUUUAUUACAACCGUCGUGGUCGGAUCGAUGGCGUUAUUUGGGCCCUUUGAGGUCGAGAGUCGCUUUUUCAAGCGUGACAGCAGGUUUCUAUUAUUGGCAAGUGUGGUGGUGAUGUAUAUUGUUUACGACGGCAUUAUCACUCUUGUCGAGGUUUUCAGUCUGCUGGCGCUAUAUGCGGUUUACGCAAUUGUUAUCGCAAUGGAUCAUUUCGAUAAUACCAAAAAUCAGGAGGACCUCUAUGCCGAUGUUGCAAGAAAUAUCGGCAUCUAUCACUAUGAAUCACAAAAUGACGGCAGCAUCCCCCCCUCACCCUUGCCGCCCAGGGGCUCGCUGCUGGGUGCACAUCAGUUCCAUGAUGCUGUCAACGAUGGGCUUUCGCCAAUAAGUUCAAGGUCUCGAUCUCCCAGACAGGACUCUUUGGCUCUGCAGGUUCCUUUAGAUGUUCCAACCCCGACUUCACCCAAGGGACAGAGCAAGAACGUCCUGCCACCGUGCGACCUUUUACAAGAUUUGGAAGGAUCAGAGCGGCCACUUCUUCCUUCUCUUACAAUUGAACCACCAGGCGAAGAAAUUGAUCAAGUACCCCGUGUACAUGAGGAUGACCCACCCCAGCCUUCCACUAUGCACUUUAUUUUUCUGCAUCUUUUCCCAUUGUUUGAAGAUAUCUCGGAAAAACACUGGCUUGCCCGCAUACAUGGAUUCAUUCUUUUGCUACCCAUUUUUUGUUUGGCCGCCAGUGUUCCUGUUGUUGGCGAGCGGGAGGUCCCGAAUGCCGCCCUCAUCAUUCUAGCCAUGGGCUGCCCCGCAGCACUCUGGUUGCUGUUGGACAACUUUUAUUUAUCAUUGAUUACCAGUAUCUUGGUAGUUGUGGCACUUUAUAUUGGCUGGUUGCGUCCACAGAGUUUAGCUAUGACGUUGCUUGGAUUUGUGAUGUCGGUGGUGUGGGUGGUCAACUUGGCUCAGCUCGUGAUCAAUGAGCUACAAAUCGUCGGAAAAUCUCUAGGCAUUUCCGAGACUUUUAUGGGGCUUACGGUAUUUGCUAUUGGAGACUCUCUGGGCGACUUGGUUACAAACAUUUCCAUUGCCCAGCUGGGCAUGUCGACCAUGGCUGUUUCAGCCUGCUUUGCAAGCCCUUUCAUGACCAUGCUUAUUGGCAUAGGUCUGGGGUCUCUUGUGCAUAUGGUUAUGACAAGACGGACCGUUGUUGAAAUGCCCGUUGAUCCACAGAUUUUUGUUUCGCCGUCAAAUACAAUAACUGGCAUCUCACACCACUCAUCGGCAGAAUCCUCAUCGGUUUGUGGGUACUGA